GGAAGUGAAGACACAGUACAAACUACAACUAGGAGGCAAUUACUUCCCAUUUACUUUCAACAUUGGCUAGCACUUUCAUUAACACCUGCAUUCUUGACAAUUUUAAGAAAAGGCUGGGGAAAACAGAGGAGCCACUAUGAAAGGAAACAAGGGGGGUUCUCUCCUUAUUAUCAGUGCAGUGGUAGCAGCUGUUCAAGUCAUUUCAGGAUCAGGAUCUUCAAAGGCAGUGCAAGCGAUAAGAGGAGAGAAUGCCACCCUACCAUGCACCUUCAAAAUUACUUCUACAGAGACACUAGAACAUAUCUCUUGGAAAGGAAGGUCUUUGGGAAACAACAUUACAGGAGAAUUUGCUAGGAAGCUGUCUAAUGGUACUGAAAAAUAUCUAACACCUUACCAAGGUCGUGUAAGAUUCUCUAACAAUUUUAAAAAUGGUGAUGCUAGAAUUACGCUUGAUGAGGUGACCAUGCAAGACAAUGGAACUUAUGAAUGCUUAAUCGAGAUAAAAGAUGUAUUCCCUUCAAGAAGUGUUGACGUAGAACUUUUGGUCCUUGUGCGUCCAUCCAGUCCAGUGUGCAACAUUAUUGGAAACCCAGAAUAUGGUCAAAAUAUUAACCUGACUUGCAAUUCUGUAGAAGGAUCCCCGAAACCUGAAUAUACCUGGGAAAGUUAUGAUAUACAGAAUCAAAGCCGGCCACUUGAAGGAAAAGCCCUAGGAGGAGUGCUAAUGCUGAACAACAUUUCUAUAAACACCACCGGAUACUACAUCUGCCUUUCCCAGAACAUUGUUGGAGAGAACAAAUGCAAUAUCACGGUUAUUAUUCGACCUCCAUCCAUGAACAUUGCUCUUUAUGCUGGGAUCGUUGGUGGGAUCCUUGCUGCUAUCAUUAUCAUAAGUGUUUUGGUUUAUUGUUGUUGCUGUAGGAAAUCAAAGAAUCAGGACUAUGAGGCAACGGAGACAGAAAAUACAUUCCAACCUAAACAUGAGAAUGUUGUAAUCCGGGGACCUUCCAAAGAAGAGAUUCAGGAUGAAGAGGAAGAAAGGCUACAGAUGUGAUUUGUGUUUCAGUUGUCUAGACGCAAACACUUCCAAACCCUUCUUUCCAAAAGAAAGAAAGAGAAAAAAAUGAUUUAUAAUCAAUAUUACUUUUUAUUCAAUAAAUGGGACCUUAUGCAUUGGGAGUAGGAUGAAAAUAGAGAAUGAAUAACCAUGUAAAAGACACAGAAGGAGGAGGAGGAGGAGGAGGAAGAAGAGAAGGAGGCACAAAGCCGAAUAAGAAAAGCUAAAAUAAAAGGUACCUCAAUUGCCAGGAUCCUUCUCAUCUGCUUGCUAGGAAGAAAAGAAAAGAAAACCUUUGGGAAGUGUUAUCUUGUAUCAUGGAUUUUAUGCAAAUUCUAUAUGCAGCAGAUGAGAAUUCUUCAACACUGACAUUUUCUGCUAUAUUUGGAAAACAGAAGCAAAAUUAAAGCCAUCUCAGUUUCUAUGGAAUGCUUUUAGUAUUAUAAGACAAAUAUAUAAAAUCUACGGCCUCAGUUAUGAUUGGUUAGUUAUCUUGCAGCAUCUAUGCACUGAAUACUUGAUAAUCAUUUGGUGGACAGGGUACAGAUCAUAUUAGAGCCAUUAGACUAUGCUUGUUCCCCUGCUAUUCCAGUAAUGACGUAUAUUUGGAAAGAUGUUGAUUUCCCCUGAAUUGUAUAUAUUACUCUUGCUAUAUUUCACUAUUUCACUAUCACAGGUAUCUAUUGACCAAUAUGUGCCUCCUGUCGUGGUUCCGACAGAUAGAGACAAAUAAAGCAGAACUCUGAGGCUUGCAAAUUCCUCAAAGAACAUGUUUAUUGAUACAAAGUAUCAGCACGUCAAAAGUGAAACCAAGUCUGAAUAGACACAUAACAAUCCCUAAUACAAAGUUAAGAAAUCCCACCCCUAAAGCUAUGCAAGCUACUAUGUUCCCCCAUUCAUCUUCUUGGCGGCCUUUUCACGAAAUGUCCAGCCUGCAGUCCUGGGAACAGCCGAUGACCUUCGUUUCCACGGGAGAAAAUCUGUUUAGUCUAGUGAAACACCUGGUAAACCCCCCUUCCUCCGUGCUAUGUGUCAACCAAAAAUGAGUAGGGAAAAUCGCUGCAGCCAUGCUCAUUUUCAAAGUUGACACCUCCAUUGUGCCUCCAACUGCCUCCAUUAUUUUGUUUCUGUGUUUCUAUUUAAAUAGCCAUGCUCUCUUCUAAUGCACAUGCAACCACAAAGCACUUGUUUAGAAAGAAAACUAUAAGUGCCUCUCCUGCUAUUCAGAAAUGUUUAAUUUUCGCUUUUGUCUGCUAGCUUUUUUAUGCUUUCUGCUAGCACUGCACCAGUGCAAUUAUACUGCUAACAAUGAUUUUAUUUAAAAAAUUAAAGAAAAGAAACUUAA